AUGCGUCGACGGCAGCAGAUGAUGAAGAAGCGCGACCGAGUGAAAUUGCCGACCUUGGCAUCUCUCGCUCGGAUUGGCGAGUCUUUCCGCCUCUUCGCCCAUAAUUCCUUCAAACGCGCUUCUCAGGAACGAGAAGUGGUUUUUGGAACUCUUUUUCUUCCUUUCUCAGACCUCCCGUUGGCUUACUUGUCAAAUAUGUCUUUUUUGAGCAACAUUUCCUUUUUUUCGAAGGUGCACUGAAAUCGUUUUUGUUUUCUGAAAAAAGUUAGUACCCUCACUAGACCUAAUCAACUUGCGAACUUAUGAGUAGUCUAAACAAUGAGAAAACAGGUAAAUAGCGUAAAUUUUAGUCGCAACCGGUCAACCCUUGAGGAACAAGUUCUUCGUAACCCGCACAGUUCUACAGUAAAGAUAAGAAAAACGACAUGAUUCAGCUUCUCGCCAUCAAAGGACGAGGUGGUGCCGAGCAAUGAUAAAACUAUUGUCAAAACCAUCUGUCGUUCAGAAUGGCUAGCGAGGUUUGACAGCUCUUUGAAGGUUUAAUCGAGACUUUUUCUACAGAGUUCUUUUUGAAGUGAAAUAGUAGCAUCUAACGAACAAAGGAACGAACAGUUUCCAGUACUAUUAAUUUUCAUUUCGAGUUUCGUUAAACUGAUUCUGGCUCUUCUAAAACCUGAGACAACAGGGAAUUUAUAAUCCAAUCAAAAAAAUGUUUUUCAAUUUUAGAAAGUCAACAUUUAGAAAAAUUAGUCAAAAUCUACUUUCCGAGGUCUUUUUCAUCUUCAGGCUCACUUUAGGGUUGUUCCUGGUUUCUCCACCCUCAAGCUCAGGAGUCUUCUGUUGAAAGCGAGAGACGUCUCAGGACCGACGCAUCCUCAUUUUCCGAGUAACAACUAAUGGGAGAACUUUGAGUUAGGAAGUGUCGGAAGCGAUGAUUUGGUGUCACAAGGAGGCCAGCCAAACGAGUCAAAGGACAUCUGCGCGCGUUUGCAUUUAUAAUACCUCGGUCGACCGGCCGCCAACCAACAACGGGUCUCUCGGCCGCGUUCUCUCUUCUCCGCCGUGUGUACGUGUGCUGUGUAUGCGUAUUUAUGAGCGGCGACAAUCCCGCUUCAAAUCACUUUCUUCCCACCGCAAAACCAAUUCGUCUUCGUUCCCGCCAUUUUUCUGGCUUUGCGCACUUCAUCCGCUUUUCAUGCUCCUUGCAACUUUUUGUUUUUUGUUUUGCAUGUCGUUCUUAUCUUUCUCUGUCGUCUUCUUUGAACGUCCAUCGACGCUCCUCGAAUCGAGAUGAAGUCUCAUUCUGCUUGACUUGGAUCGGCUAUGAGUACUGUGCCGAGAUGUUCCCUUCCAUACUUAUUGCGAAGUAUACAGCCUCACGCUUCCAAAAAAGAGAGAAGACAAAAUCUUCAGUUUUUCUGUAACGGCAAUUUUCAGGCAUCUCAGCUUUUCUUUUAUGAUCUCGAAAACAUUUCCUCUUUUUUGCUCUCUUUAUGCCCCUUCCGCUCCAUGAACCUAACAAAAUACUGUACCGAGGUGUUCACGUGCCUCUCAUGCCGAUGUACUAACUCUAGCUCACUUUGAAGAAAAUUUCAAAAGGAGCGUUUCUACUCUCUCAAGGCAUCUUUUCUGAUUUUCUCCUUUCAGCUUCAACCUUUUGAAUACCAUUUUACGACCGCUCCCCUUCAAACGUUGUUUCCAUGCGCCAAGAACUUGUUCUGGGUUUUCGACGAGUGCCAGGUGGUUUUGUUCCAGGAAAUUGAUGGCUCUUAGAGGAGUCAACUGAAAACGAGGCCAAAGAAGAAGAAGAAAGUGGCAGAUCUUUUGGCGACCCGCGAGUCUCUCGGAUUACUGGUCGUUACUCGAGUUUCGUCUAAGCCAACCGUAUGCACCAUGUUUAUAAUCACACAUGUGACCUCUUCCGUUCUUCCCUCAAAACCAUCGUCCAUUUUCCUUUCGGAAAAGCUCACAAUACCUUUCCCUUCAUAAAAGUAAAAUUAGGAAAUGAAGAAAAAAAGUGAACUGAAAUUAAACGUAUUUUAGCAAAGCUUGAUUUCUUUAUGAUAGAAUCUAGAGGUAUGAAACGCAGAAAAGCUUUUUAAAAAAUAAUUUUCACACAAGUUUUCGUACAAAGCCAUCGCUAAUAGUUUUUUGAUGCUGAGUAAACAAUCUAAAACGCUUUCUGUUGAAUCAUCGGAGUACAAUAGGCUUGCGACAAAGAAAAAUAACAGGUGCAAGUGAGUUUUGAAAACGCAGAAGAAGAAGAAGAAAGCUUCUUUUGGCAUAGCUUUGUUUUUCGAAUGGAGCGCUGGAAGAAUAACCUUUUGUUUUGAGAUAUGAGAUUAGAAAAUAAAGGAUCAAAUGAAGGCCGCGAAGACCCAGCUGAUCUGCGGCCUCAUGGGGAGCUACUUUUUUGUCGAGAUCUUAAAAUCUCAACUGGCUUGCGACCUCAAAGAAAGCUGUUCUUGCCGGGAAAUUCGCCUUCUCAGCUGAUCUGCGGCCUUGAAGGAAGGUGUUCUCUGCCAGAACGCCAAACUCUCGGCUGACCUCCGACCUGAAGAGAACGUUCUCCAUGUCGCGGAGCUGGACUUCACGAAGGAGCACUUGCCGCAGACAGACGGCGGCCCAACGCGGAACGGUGCAUCUCGUUUUCAUUUUUCGACACUUUCCACUCCGCUCGGGCAUGUUUUUUUCGUCUUUUUUUCGGGCGCGCGCGUCUCCUUUCUUCAACUUCUUGAAGCUUUUCGUUGGUCGCCGCGCGAUGCUGGGAAAAUAUUGUGUUGGAGCGUUCUGCUACGCCUAUCGGCCGCGACUGCAAAGUGCGAACGAAAGUGGAAUUUCGCGUUUUUAACCUCGGCCGCCGCCGGUUGAACCAAACAAGGAGACGUUCCUUUUCCUUCCCUUUGCUGUUCCCACACUCGUCUCAUUUUCUUUCUCUUGGUUUUUGUUCGUGUUUGACGCGUUUUGCAGUCGAACGUGAGAUUCUCGGCUCCUUUUUCCUUUUUUGGAAGUUUCUCCUAAUGUUGUGUUUCCGUCGAAACUUCAAUUUUGAAAUUUGAUUUGAAGGCUUCUCAUUCGCAGCAAAAAAGUUUCCUUCUCGGAAAUCUCCGCUACUUUCUUCUAUUUGUUUUUGAUGUGUUCUGGUUGCCGAGAUAGAUUUCACAAUUUUUAGUGAGCCUUAUUCGUUUUACUUUUUAUUCAGUACUUUUCCAAAGGCAAAACUUCCACACCACUUUUUCCUUAGAAUGUCAAAAUAAAUUACCAAUAUUUUUUUAAACAUUAAAAGUUAAAAGUCCGUUUUUAUUUUUUAGACAUUUAUUUUUUUCUUCUUUCUAAGGCCCUGACUUCUAUUCCAAAAAAACUAAUUCGAAAAAAAUUUUUUUCACAUUCAUAUACUGAGUUUGGUGUUUGAAUUUUGUCAUAGCGCCAACAUGCAAAUUUGAAAAUCCAAAAUGUUGAAAAAACGUGGAAAACAAUACUAAGCGAUGUUCGGACUAGAAACUGGUUCUCCGUGGAAAUCAUGUACAGUGUUUUGAGAAGAAACGACACAAUCAGUCUUUCGAACUUCAAAAUGUGUUGACAGCCGCCGAGGGGGCAAACGGCGGCCGCAUUGCUCAUAUUAGAGGGCGUGGCUUCUCCCCGUUUCCAAGGCGCGGGCAAAGGGCUUUCCCACAAUUGUUUUUGAGCAGUCCAGCGCCAGGCAAAGUGCUGGCCUUUUUGAAAGAAGAACGGCCACAUCCACAUUUCGACGCCGCCAUUUAGAACCUUCGCUUCAAAAGAAACUGAAAAGCUGAAUUGCUGUGAGCUCUUUUCAGAGUUUCUCACUUAUUUUCAAUUCUUUAAAAAAUAGGAAGACACAUUUUCCAAAUACUCGAACGUAGAAUGAUAGAAGGAAGUUUCUUUGAAUAAUCAAAGUUAGAAACCUUUAAUUUAUCUUGCAAAUUUGUUAAAUUUUUUUCAAUUUUCUUAAUUUUACAGAUUUUCCACAUUUUUCUGAGCUCUUACAUAGACAUUAACGCGACGAUAUGUUACACUUGAGAUUUUUUAUCAUUAUAGUUUUUUUUUUUUCAAAACCUUUCACGUAACGAGACGCCCUGCCGUACACUUAAUAAAAGGAGGACAAAACUUCUCCAUCUUCUUCCUUUUUUUUCGCCUCGGGUCGGCAUUUCAGCCGACGCUUCCAUUCAUUCUUUCACACUCAUCUCGUUUUCGUCCGCCGCUUCUUCUUCCUUUUUCUUAUUGCACUCGAUUCGUUACCGCUUUUAGUGUAGCUUUCGAGCGAUUGCCGUUUCUUUCUGUUGUCAAAUUGGAAGUAAUUCAACGGAAAGGAUUUUUCAGAGAAAAUCAUGAUGCAGUCAGCUCCGCCGAGUUGGACUCAGCCGAUCCGGCUCAGGCCUAUUCUGCUCCCUUCGCCUCCAGUUCGCAAAGGAAUGGGUGUCUCCAAGUCAUUGGUUAGUUUUUUAUGAACAUUUUGAUUCUGGGAAGUAGAGCGAGAAUUUUUUAGUCAAGUCGAAGUCCACCGCGGCAAAAAUAAUUGAAGAUAACUUUAGUACUUGUACAGAUCUCAGAGAAGGACUGUUUCCCAAGUUGUGAAUGAAUUAUUAUGCUAAAUUUUUGAUAUUUCAAGAAAUUUAAUUAUAUUUUUGAUAAAAGUAAGACUUUUCUUCUCUUUUUUUUCUCUUCGAAAAUCUAACAUUGUGAUACGAAAUAGUAGUAUGUUUUGGACUUUUAUCAUUAAAAAAAUCAAGAAUCUUUCAUGAUGUGCCGAUUCAAUUUUUUCAAAACGAACAGUUCCUUCCAAAAGUUUUACAAUUCCGUUUUCUAAACUCCACAAAAGAAAACCUCAAAUGAGCAUAAACUUAUAACAAUUUCUUUUUUGAAUCUCUAACUGAAAUAUCUUCAGAAAGCCAAACACAAGCGCGGAGCAGAGCCAUCGAAGCCGGCUCAGAUCGUGCUGCCGUCGAUCUCGACGCUGUUCCAGCCUUCGCCCUCGCUGUCGACCACUUCCACCGGCAGCACGUCUUCUUACUGCCAGUUUUCGCCGGAGUCCGGCACCUUCUCGCCCUACAAUCCAUACAGUCCCGGCGACUACGGCGACUACAUGUUCCAGUACCCGACCGAAAUGCCGCCGCCGUCCUCCACGGCUUCUGCCGCCACCAACACUCAAUCCGACGACAGCAAGGACGUCACUCAGCCGCUCUUCGUUCAGACCGACGACGACUCCUGCGGCCAGCGCGUGUCAGGCUAUACCGUCAAACCAGACGACCUUCUGCUUCGUCCGGCUCCGCUCUGGCGGCGCUAA